AUGCCCAACAAGUGUUUUGUCACCGUGCUGGACGCGUUCUACGUGGCCGAGGUGCAACGAGCGCAAACUGCCAAGAAAAAAAUAAAUAAAUUUGGGCAGUCCCGAAAUGCUGGCACCGAUGGGCACAGCGGUGCGGAGAGUGAAGUGACGUUCAUUGGGCUGCAGGUGGCAAAACACAGCACCCACCACACCACUGCCGGUAAGGUGGCUGCGUUUCUGAAUUACAUGACGUGCAACUUCAAGGGCUGGGAGGCGCUGAGGGAAAAGAUGAAGUGGGAGAUCAUUUACAUUCAGCACGCUGAGAGCACGCCAAUGACGGGAAGGCGGGAUUGCCAUGUCACGGAGGGAGAAAAGGAGGUGCCGAGACUUCAGGUUGCCAGAGACUUUUGGGAGAGAAAGGUGGAACAGUACCAGGUGCAGCUUGACACGGAGCUGGCUGUCCAGCUGGUUGUUGCUGGCAGCGCAGACCACUCAGGAUAA